AUGCCUUCCUUUUCCAUCGAGGUGGCCGGGGAGGCGAGUCCUUUGACAGAACGUCAGCUGGUGAACACUCUCACGUCGGCGGCUUCGAGAGACACCUACCUAAGAGUGACGGGUACCGCGCAGCUGCGAACAUGGGAGAAGUCAGCUGGAUACUAUCAGCACCUUCAGAGCGCAUAUCUGGACCAGAGGCUGCCGGUAGAGAUCCGGUACCUGGCUAUCAUUCAAUUGAAGAACGGCAUCGAUAAGUAUUGGAGGAAGACUGCUUCAAAUGCUGUGUCAAAGGAGGACAAGAAUGCCAUCCGAUCACGUCUUCUCAGCUCCAUCCUAAACGAAGGCGAGAACGGGCUGGCCGUGCAGAAUGCUCUUGUCAUCGCCAAAAUCGCCCGCUUCGAGUACCCGCAUGACUGGCCUGACGCUCUCACAUCGUUAACCGACGUCCUGCGCUCUCAGAUCCCACCACUACAACUAGCUCGAGCAUUACUUGCCCUGCUUCACAUCGUCAAGGAGUUGUCCACAGGCCGGCUGCAACGAACUCGACAGAACCUCCAAGCUGCUACUCCAGAGAUCGUCCAUGUUCUUGGAAACGUCUAUGCAGCGACGACAGAAUCGUGGCGCUAUAACACUACCGGCGACACGAGACCGCAGAUUCAGCAAGGACUGCUGGCCAUGAAAGUCUUGAGGCGGCUGCUGAUCGCUGGCUACGAACACCCUAAACGAAACACCGAAGUCGUCGCUCUCUGGCAGCUCACGCAAGAACAUCUGGGAGCAUUCAUCCAAAUACAGAAAGCAGGUCAUCCGCACGCUGAUCUGAUCGAGAAACAGAUGCUUCAACUUGCGAAGCUUCAUCAUGAGAUGGCUCGAGACCAUCCAGCAGCAUUUGCUCUACUACCUAACUCUGUGCCACUUGUUCGAGCGUACUGGGACAUGGCGAAGGACUUCGGCAGUGUUCUUGGCUCUAAGGAAGCCGUCACAUCAGCCAUGUCCUCUGCCACCAUCGGGAUGGAUGGCGAUGCCGACGAGGAUAAGUCAGGCCAAGAAAAGCUUGCGCUGAAGGCCCUCCUGAUCAUCCGGGCCUGUAUCAAGAUGGUCCACAGUCCGGCGCAGACAUUUAAGUAUCGCACUGCGGACGACAAGCAGGAAAAGUCGCAAGCGACGGCUCUCAUACGGCAAGACCUCUUGACUAUGGAAUUCGUACAAGAGGUCAUGGAGGUUCUAAUAAUGAUGUUCUUCGUCUUUCGGGCCAGCGAUCUGAGAGAGUGGGAUGAGGAACCAGAGGAGUGGGAGAAGCGAGAGGAGGGCGAGGGAGAUGACUGGGAGUUCUCUCUCCGGUCUUGUUCCGAGAAGCUCUUCCUGGAUCUUGCGAUCAACUACAAGGAUGUUCUGGUGCAACCGCUGCUGCAAGUCUUCUACAGUGUCGCAUCACCCGAGAACGAGAACAUAUUGUUCAAAGACUCCGUCUACACCGCGAUCGGGCUGGCGGCCCCAGUCGUGCAUGAACAUUUGGAUUUCGACGCCUUCAUCCGAGACGUGCUCAUCACGGAAGUACAGAAGUCGAAGCCUGGCCACAACAUCAUUCGCCGCCGAGCAGCUAUCAUCCUUGGACAGUGGAUAUCGAUCAAGGUGUCGGACACAAGUCGACCAGCUGUGUAUCAAAUCUUCCAGCAUCUCCUCAACAAAGCCGACGGAAUGAAUGAUCAAGUUGUCCGCGUGACAGCAGGCCGGCAGCUCAAGAACAUCUGCGAAAGCUGGGAGUUCCAGUCCGACCAGUUCAUGCCUCAUGCCAACAACAUUCUGACCCAUCUCAUGCAGCUCAUUGACGAGGUCGAGCUUACAGAAACGAGGAUGGCAUUGCUCAAUACCAUCUCGGUCAUUGUGGAGAACCUUGACCACAAGGUCGUACCUUUCGCCGACGGCAUCAUCAGCAUGCUACCGUCACUCUGGGAAGCAUCGGGCGACGAACAUUUGAUGAAACAAGCGAUACUUACCAUCCUCACUCGGCUGGUCACUGCGAUGAAAGAGGACAGCCUGCCAGUGCAUAACAUGGUCUUUCCCAUCAUUCGAGGCGCAGUCGAGCCUGGCUCUGACACAAAGUUGUACCUUCUGGACGACGCAAUGGAUCUGUGGGCUUCGCUGAUUGCACAAACGCCUGAGCCAGCCUCAGAGGAAGCUCUCGCGCUCGCGCCGUAUCUGUUCCUAAUCUAUGAGUCUGGGUCGGACAACUUACGCAAAGCGCUCGAGAUGACCGAGUCGUACCUCCUUCUGGCACCAACUCACAUGGUCUCCGACAACGGCUUGCGGCGGCCAAUGUUGGAUGCGUUGAGACCUCUGAUUGGAAAUGCACACGCAUCGGCUAAUGGCCUGGUCUGUAAUCUGGUGGAGGUCGUCGUUCGCAAGGUACAGAAGCUAGGAGGCGAGGCUGCCGUGACGCAGACGGCCGAUGAUCUCGUACACGUCGGCUUCUUGCAAAAGCUGCUGUAUAUGCUAAGAGGAAGCUGGAUCGCACACUGCACCACUGGACCCAAUAGGAAGGAAGCUCCUGUGGACGGCAUUGUCGAGACGGACUACUUCUCCAUUCUGGCACGACUAAUUCUUGGAUCUCUAUCUGGGUUCUGCCAGGCCUUCGAUAUAGCCGCGCCACCCGUUGAUCCACCCCAUCAAAACCUGGACUCACACAUGAGGUGGCUACUCGAAGAAUGGUUCUCGCACUUCGAGAAUAUCGGUGACCCGUCACGGAGGAAACUGAUGUGUCUGGCGCUCACGAAGCUGCUGGAGACGAAUCAGCCGUUCAUCCUGUCGAAUCUGCAAUCACUCAUGACCGUCUGGACGGAUGUUAUUACUGAGCUGCGUGAGGACGAGGCGGAUCGGAACGGGGACUCCUUGGUCCACGAUGCCGCGGCCGAGACGGGGUAUGACGGGGUCAAGGAGGCGGUGGAAGAUGUCAGGAGGCGGGAGUUCUUGUAUGAGGAUGUGGUGCACACAACUAAUAUGCCGGCGUUUGUGAAAGGGUGUCUGGAGACAGCGAUUGCGGGGGUUGGUGGAGAGGCGAGGUUUCGAGAGGAGUGGUUGGUAAAUGUCGAUCGGGAUGUGCUGGAUGGUUUUGCGAAGUUAGGGAUCAUGUGA